AUGAAGAAGCCUACAGCAGAGCCAGUCUCAGGGGAGGGCCAGGAGGAGGAAGACAGGACAAAGACAUGCUAUGGAGGAGAGCCAGAGAUUAACAACAAGUAUGAUUCAGUGCAGAGAGGGGAUGAGGUCAAGCACGUGCAAGUGGAGCAGGAGGAGCAGCUGGAGGAGUCGAGCACAAGGCUGAUAGAGAGGGAGGAGGACCUGUUCAGCCAUGACUUGGUCAAUGAGGAAGAGCAGGACGAGCUGCACAAAGACUUCGAGGCUCUGCAACCUAUGCUGUGGAUGGCCAUCAAUGACACCUUCACCCCCUCCUCCCCCUCCUCCUCUGCGGGGGAGCUGGAGGUCCUGAGGAGUGCCAUGGCGUCCAUCCAGCAGCAGGAGGCGCAGGACUGGCGCUGGAGAGACUGUCAGGAGGAGUGAAUCCCAAGAUGGCGUCCUCAGAAAUGUCUCAGCAUCCACAACAUACUGCUCCAGAACAUGGUGGAGGGCCGAAUAAAGGAGGCUGCCGAAGACACCUUGGAGGAACCGACCGCCCUUUCAGAAGUGUGUCGAGUGGGAAGAUGUGUGAAGGAAGACCUGCUGAUGGUGGUGAGGAGGGUGAAGAACUGCUACCCUCCCCACAUGGACAUAAUGAACCUCUGCGCCAGCCUGUACCAUCAGGAGUUCUCGGCCCGCCUCACUUAGCUCACCACUGCAGGGCUGGACAACGAUGACUGCAGCUACCUGUUGUCCUGGGUCAACCAUUGUGUUCCGUGUGAAAUCCUGGAACAUACGGAGCUGGAUGGACAGAUAAAGGUGCCCUGUCUGGGUUCUCUGCUGCCGCAAGAUGAGCUGAAGCUGCUGGAGGAGCAGUACCUGACCCACAAAGAGUGUGUGGAGGAGUUUGUGAAGGGAAACCAUGGUAAUGUCCGCUCAGUGACCAAAGCUCAGCUGGUCUGCGAGCAGCAGCUCAGGGGUUACAUCACAGCUAAAACAGGAAAUCUGUCUCAGGAGCAGAAGCAUGGCUGUCUGAAUGCGUUGUCUGCCCUGAGGGAUUGUGGGUACAGGUAUCUCACCUGUCCUCUUCACGUUGAACUGAAGGUGUGUUGGAGUCAGCUGUGGACGCCACGAUGGCUGAAUGGCUCACUUCCUCUCGUCGACUUGCUCCUGGACUCUCUGAGCCAACAGCUGGUCGACCUGACUGACCUGAAACCAGUCUGCAGAGAGGUGAAAUGCCUUCAUACCUGUGCAUCUGAUGUGGUCCUUAAGUAUGUGAAGAGGAUGAUGAAGACCAAGAUGAAGAGCAAGGAGCAGCAGACUGCCGGAGCUCAACGGAUGAUUGAAGACACCAAAAAGAUCAACAGCUUCUUCUCAGAGGAGGGCUGCAGCAAGGCCUCAUGGCUCUACGAGAUAGUAUGCAAACUUGCAGAGGUCCUCCGUCUGCAGGAUCCUGCCAGCAUUCAGCUGGGACUCGUCGCUCUGGCCCGGAACUUCCCCGACCUCAGCGGCGCGCAUUUCUCUGCUUUCCUGUCUCUUAAAAUUGGCCUCUCGGCUGCUGAUGCUCGCUCUAUCAGAUGCAGUGUGGAGGAGAAUCGCCACGGUGACGUCUCCACCAAUUACAGUCCUCCAUUCUUCUCCAAGGUCAAAGUCAAAUGGACUGACAACAAGAUGAAUCAGAUGGGACUACUGAACCUGGGCCAGGAGACUAAGAAUCAGGCCAAAAGCUUCUCAGCUGAAGGACACAGAGAGGACACUUUCCAUCAGGACAAAUCAGGAUCAAAGUUCACAGUCACAUGA